GCUACACACAUGCAAUACAGAAAAUGGCGGCCUGAGUUUAACUUAAAUCCAAAGAUUUUUGUUUUUAAACAUACUAUAUUGUCCAGCGAUUCAUAAAACUGAUAAUGGGAUUUUCAAGAUCUGAUGCUUAUGAUAUUUUAGAAUUACCAAUCGGGGCAGAUCAAGAUUCAGUCAGAACAAGCUAUAAACGGCUUGCUCUAAAGUGGCACCCAGAAAAACACAGUAACUCACCAGAAUCUAUAAAAAAAUUCAAGGAAGUAUCAAAAGCCUACAGAAAAUUAAUGGAGGACGAGGGUGAGGAGAAUCUUCGCAAUAUGACACUGGACCAGAUGAUGCAGUUAUUCAAAGAUGUUUUCUUCUCACAGUCAUUACAUUCUUAUAAUGGUUCUGGAGAUGAUUCAUCUGAUGAAGAUUUUGAUGAAGAGGAUGAUAUUGAAUCAGAUGAGGACCAAUUUUCAAAUUUUUAUUCCGAUAGAUUAAGAAUCAAAGAUACCAGAAAAUCUAAAACAGGUGUUGAAUCUCAUUUUAAAAGAUUAACAGUAGAUGAAAUAAAUAGAAAUGCAGAAGAAUUAAUAUCUGAGGAGGAGAAAGAAAAAAGACGAUUAGAGAAAAGAAAAGCAAAGAAAAAGAGGAGGAGGGAGAAGAAGAAAUUAGAAAAACAGAAAGAACAGACAAAGGUUGAAGUAAAUGGACAGACAAAAACUAAAGAUACAAUUAAUACAGAUAUACAAAGUGGCAAUAAAUUGAAAAAGGAUAAAAAACCUGCCAAUUCAUCGUCAUCAGAUGAUGCAGUUAGCGGUUUUGAUCCUAAUUCAGCAUUUUUUACCAAAGUCAUUAAUAAGAAAAAGAAAGCUACCUCAGGGAGUGAGUCAGGUGGAAAAAGAGAGAGGUCUAGACACGGCAGUGAUGAUGAAACGGAAGAUUUAGACCCUGUGGUUUUACGUAGUAGACAACUAGCAAUUAAAGGAAAUGAAAUGGCUCAAUUAGGUCAUUAUAAAUCUGCUAUAGAACUGUUUAGUGAAGCCAUUAAAUUAGACCCCAAUGAUUUUAGAUUUUUUGGAAAUAGAUCAUACUGUUAUGAUCGAACUAGCCAAUAUGAUAGGGCCUUAAAAGAUGCUGAAAAAGCUGUUUCACUACAAAAAGAUUGGCCUAAAGGAUAUUUUAGAAAAGGGAGAGCACUAGCUGGCUUAAGAAUGUUCUCUGAGGCAGAAGAUGCCUUUACACAAGUUUUGAAAUUAGACAAGAAUUGUGAUGAUGCUGUACAAGAACUUUUACGUGAUAGGAUAUACCAAAUAACAGAAAUGGGUUUCUCUCGAUCUCAGGCUGAAGAAGCGAUAAAAAAGCAUUCCACUGUACAGGCUGCUCUGGAUUCACUUCUGGCAGGUGUCGCGGAGAAUGCUUUGGGGGGUGAAGUUUACGUUUCUGAUGAUGAUUCUGGUUUUACAACUCCGUCCCUUCCUAAACCCCAAGCUCCUAAAGAUGUCACAAAGAUGGAUCCACGUAAUCCUGAGGGACUAACAGCUUUGUGGGUCGGAAAUGUUUUACCAGAUAAAGUAGACGAUAAAAAACUUUUGAAAAUCUUUUCUAGAUAUGGUUCUGUGACAAGUGUGCGGACUUUACCUGAAAAAUUCUGUGCUUUUGUAAAUUUCAAAACAAAGGAGGCUGCAGGGAAAGCCAUGCAAAGUUUACAGGGAGCUGAAUGUGGAGGCCAGAAGUUACUGAUAAAGUUCCCUGACAACCCCAUAGUAAAUAGUGGUACACUUACGAUACGGAAAACCCCCAAUACCAGUAGUAGCCCCCAGCAGAGACAAACAUAUGUAGGAAAAGCAAUAGCUGCCCAAUAUCAGAACUCUACAGCAGUUAACAGUACAAGUUCAGCAAUGGACCCAAAGAACACCACGGGUCCUGUGAACGGGGAUGAAUGCUAUUUCUGGAGGACCACUGGGUGUUCCUUUGGGGACAAAUGCCGCAAUAAACACAUAUCCUCGAGCAAAGGAGUGGACAAAAAACCAUGGCAGAAAACGUAGCAAAAUCGUCAUAAAGUUCAAAAUCCGAUUUACGAUACCAGGUUGUCUUUCUUUAGGUGCUGUCUAGGUUAGGAUAAAUCUUUUGGUUUUGUGGAGAUUGUUCUUUAGAUCUUUUAUUUUCAGAAAGUAAUGAUUAAAAAAAAAUUAAUGUUAUACAUGUACCAAUAUGUGUUUUAAAAUGUUUUAAAGAAACUUCAUACAUAAUGGAAGGCAUGGAAAUAUGUUCAGGGACUUUUUAGAAUAAUUUUAUUUCAAACUCUGUAGCAUAAACAAACAAACAAAAAAAUCUUGAUAUUCAAGAGUUCAAAAUUGAAACCAAUUCAUAUUGUAGUUGAGACAGUAGAUCUGUACCAUAUUGGUACACUGCACAGAAGUUUACUUUUGCACAAGAAAGAAAUCUUAUCAUAUUUUGCAUUUUAUCAAAUAUGAAAAAUUGUUUUCCGAGAUCUGAAAAACUUUUUAUUUUGGGUUUCCUGGAAUUGUGGUUGUUAUUAUUAUAAUUAGAUUCUGAAACACAUGAAAACAUUGGUAUACAAAAAUAUUUUAUUGAAGGAGAAUGUACAUGUAUUAACAGGACAAAGACUCUCUCAUUAACUAGUCACAUGUUUAUAUCAAUAUUUAGUAUUAUUUGUAAACUAGAGUGAUCCUAGAGUUGUCUUCUCCUGGCUGAGGUCAGCAUUAAUGAACUGGUCAGAUCUUAUUUUCUAUGAUAUUGUUGACUAAUUUUUGUAAAGGGCAUUAUGCAGCCAAAAACAUGACGUUUUUAAUGUACUGAACACCCAGUAUUGCUUCAAUCUGCAUUGUAAAGACAGUUUUUAUAUGAAUUAGUUUACAAUAGUACAUGUAGUAGUUUUUGUUUUAAUCAUGUAAGGAAUUGAACUAAGAUAUUGCACCUCAUUUUUCUGCUGUAUUUUUUUUUAAAAGUAAAAGUAGGUUCUUGAAGAGCUGGUCAUUAGCCUUGAAUUUUUUUUUCUUUUCUUUUUUUUUUUUUUUAAUAGAAAAUUGAUAUAUCAAAACAUUAAUGGGAAACUAAACCUCAUUUAGAUUAUGCCUGAUGAUUAUUUUGUAAAUGUAUCUGUUGACACUAUUUGUUAAUAUUUUUAGCUCACCUGAGACAAUUGUUCAAGUGGGCCUUUCUGAUCAAAGUUUAUCCAUCUAUCUGCUUGUCUGUCUGUCUUUCUGUACAUAACUUUUCACAUUUUUUAUCUCUUUUCCAAAACCACUAGACCAGUUUCAAACAAACAUAGCAUAAUCCAUCCUUGACUGAAGGGUAUUUAAGUUUAUUCAAAGAAAGGUCCAAACCCCUUUUCAAGGAGAGAUAAUAAAAGAGUAAAAAGUAGGUUGGGUCAUUUAAUAUCCUCACAAGUACUGAACCAGAAAAGUGAAAGCAUAUUUGAGAGCCUCUUUUUAAUGUAGAUUCACAUUUGUUCAAAUCAUGGUGCUAAGGUUGAGCCACAAUAGGAUGUCACAGUGACAUGACACAGGUGAGCAUUGUAGCUAUUCGGCCUCUUGUUCAUUUAAGUGAAGAAUGGUCAUUGUGUAAUACAGUUUUUGUUUUAGGUUGCAGUCUCAGAUCUCUGUUUUUCUGAACUGUAGAAUAGUAUUGCUCAUAUGAUGUCUGUUUAAAUGCUGGUGAUGUUUACAUUCAAAGGUUUAAGUAUACAGAUAGGCUUCCUACUUGCAAAAGUUUAAAUGUGAUAAAGUCUGUAUCAUGUUUUAAUUUUUCCCAUGAAAGAACUCCACGUGUUCGAUAUAUUCUGUUAAUCCAGGGAGGAGGAUUAUCUCUGAAUUAUUUUAAUAUGUAUUAUGAAUUUUACAGAACUAUUCAACAUACUUUAUGAAUGUACCUCUUUGUUUUCAAGGAAAUGCAUUUAUUUACGGAGUUCAUUUAUAAAUUAAAAUGUGGAAAAAUAUUGAUUCUUGCAAAAACAAACUUAUAUUGAGACAGAGCUUGCUAAGCUUCAGAAACUGCAGAUCUGUUUAAAGUUGUAGAUUUAGUUACUGUUUUAACUUUGAUUUAAAUUAUGAGGACAUAAUCUCUUAGUGAUACAAAGUAUUUUCAGACUGUCACAAAUUGUAUUUUUAUUAUAUAUAUACUUGCACAAAGGUGAUAAGAUGGUAAACUGUUUUUAUUUGUUGUUGAUUUUGAACAUGAUGAAACUUUGAUGUAUUGAAACUUAUAUAUUCUUUGAAAAAUCAAGAUUUUCAAAACUUAAGUGAUGUAAACUAUAAUACAUAUCUUUUUAUUAACAGAGCCUCAAAACAUAUUAUUGACAGACCUCAAAAAUUAUUAUUAUUGCACAUCACAGGCUUCAAGACUGUCCUCAAAAGAUUUUUUUUUAAAUUAUGCCAAUUAAAUUGACUGAAGAAAAUCUUAUGACAAAAAAUAUGUGGUGGAUGUAAAAAAUAUAUAUUAUUUGCAGAAUUCUCUUUUAAAAUUACUUUAGAUGUUGAAGUCGGAUAAUUGUAUAAAUCAUCAAGCAGUACCAGUUUAUCUGCUUUUCUUUUUGCUCUGAAUGUUGCAUUACGCUGGAAUUUUCAUUGGAUAUAUCCGUGAUGUAGGCAAGGACCAGAAGUUUGGUUAACUCUCUCAGAUAUUACAGCCAAGUCACUAUGACACUAAUUCCACUUUUCUAGCUGCAUAACUGUAGCUCUCCGGGAAAGAAAAUUCAGACAGACAUACCAUAUUUCUGAUAUGUCUGUCCAAAUUGUAUUUCCUAGAGAGCUACAAUUCUGCAACUACCACAUUUCAGUUUCAUUGAGAGUGAAGACAUUGAAAUUGUCACAGAAUUAAAGGGAAAAUUGUUUCAUGUAUUUUAACAUUAAAGGAUUUUAGCAUUACAAGAAGUACCAAAGAUUGGAUAUCUAUUUCAGAGACAUUAUGCUUUUCCAACUUUACAAAAUAAUCUUUGGACUUGGCCAAAAUUUGUGAGAUGUAAGAAAAUGUUUGAACUUUGUUAAUAUUUUCUGUUAUUAGUUUGUACAUAGGUGCAGGUGAUUUUAUGAAAGAUGUACAUGUAAAAUAUUUAUUUCCCAAGGUGGUCAUCUUCCAUGAAAUAAUGCUUAGUUCAAACUGGUAAUGGAAACCAUUUUUAUUUUUAAAAAUGUGUAUCAAACUCUUAUGAAGUAAAAAUGUUGAUGAAAAUAUA